AUGUUCAAGCUUGCCCGCGGUCGCCCCAUUGCCGCGGCUUUCAGAGCUGCGACGGAGUCCUCCGUCCAGUCUCGUCUUGCCCAGCAGCAGAAGCGUAACCUGUCUAUCCACGAGUACCUGUCCGCCCGUCUCCUCAAGUCGUAUGGCAUCGGUGUUCCCAAGGGCGAGGUCGCUCACUCUGCUGAGGAAGCUGAGGCUGUCGCUAAGUCAAUCGGUAACGACGAUAUGGUUAUCAAGGCCCAGGUUCUCGCCGGUGGCCGUGGUAAGGGUCACUUUGACAACGGUCUGAAGGGUGGUGUCCGCGUUAUCUACUCUCCUACCGAGGCCAAGAUGUUCGCCGGCCAGAUGAUCGGUCAUAAGCUCAUCACCAAGCAGACCGGCGCCGCCGGCCGUGACUGCAACUCUGUUCUCAUCUGCGAGCGCAAGUUCGCCCGCCGUGAGUUCUACCUCGCUAUCCUGAUGGACCGUGGUACCCAGAGCCCCGUGAUUGUCGCUUCGUCCCAGGGUGGUAUGGAUAUCGAGGCUGUCGCCAAGGAGAACCCCGAUGCCAUCAUCUCUACCCCCAUUGACAUCAAAACCGGUGUCACCGACGAUAUCGCCCGCACCAUCGCGACCGACCUUGGCUUCUCCGAGCAGUGCAUUGAGGAGGCCAAGACCACCAUCCAGAACCUCUACAAGGUCUUCAUGGAGCGCGAUGCUACCCAGAUCGAGAUCAACCCCCUGUCUGAGACUUCCGACCACCAGGUUCUGGCUAUGGAUGCCAAGCUUGGCUUCGACGAUAACGCCGAGUUCCGCCAGAAGGAGGUCUUCUCGUGGCGCGACCACUCCCAGGAGGAUGCUGAUGAGGUCAAGGCCGCCCAGCACGGCCUGAACUUCAUCAAGCUCGACGGUGAUAUUGGCUGCCUGGUCAACGGUGCCGGUCUUGCCAUGGCUACCAUGGAUAUCAUCAAGCUGAACGGCGGCAGCCCCGCCAACUUCCUUGACGUCGGCGGUGGUGCUACCCCCGCUGCCAUCAAGAGCGCUUUCGAGCUGAUCACCAGCGACCCCAAAGUGUCCGCCAUCUUCGUCAACAUCUUCGGUGGUAUCGUCCGCUGCGACGCCAUCGCCCAGGGUCUGAUCAACGUUGUGCAAGAGAUGGGCCUGCGCACUCCCAUCGUCGCCCGCCUCCAGGGUACCAACAUGGAGCAGGCUCACAAGCUGAUCAACGAGUCUGGUCUUAAGAUCUUCUCCAUGGAGGACCUCCAGAACGCCGCCGAGAAGUCGGUCCAGUUCUCCAAGGUCGUCAAGAUGGCCCGUGAGAUCGAUGUCGGCGUUGAGUUCACGCUGGGUAUCUAA